UGUUGUUCACACAGGAGAGAGACGGGACUACCGUGGGUCCUCUGGGGAGCCUCAACAACCUCAUGAUGCUGACGAGGCAGAGAAGAGUCUCUCCAGAUCAGAACACAUCAAUAAACACCUGCAGAGAUCCACAGGGAAGAGAACUCACUGCUGCUCUGACUGUGGGAAGAGAUUCACCUCCUUAGCAGGCAUUAAAAUUCAUCAGAGAACACACACAGGAGAGAAACCUUUUAGCUGUGAUCAAUGUGGGAAGAGUUUUACUGCAUCUAGCAAUCUGACUAAACACCAGAGAACACACACAGGAGAGAAACCUUAUAACUGUGAUCAAUGUGGGAAGAGUUUUGGUCAAUCUGGAGAGCUGACAGUGCACCAGAGAAGACACACAGGAGAGAAAUCUUUUAGCUGUGGUCAAUGUGGGAAGAGUUUUACUAAGUCUGGCCAUCUGACUCUGCACCAGAGAAUACACACAGGAGAGAAACCUUAUAGCUGUGAUCAAUGUGGGAAGAGUUUUGGUCAAUCUGGAGCGCUGACAGUGCACCAGAGAACACACACAGGAGAGAAACCUUACAGCUGUGGUCGAUGUGGGAAGAGUUUUACUACAUCUGGCCAUCUGACAAAACACCAGAGAAUACACACAGGAGAGAAACCUUAUAGCUGUGGUCAAUGUGGGAAGAGUUUUACUACAUCUGGCCAUCUGACUCUACACCAGAGAAUACACACAGGAGAGAAACCUUAUAGCUGUGGUCAAUGUGGGAAGAGUUUUGGUCGAUCUGGCCAUCUGACUCUACACCAGAGAAUACACUCAGGAGAGAAAUCUUAUAGCUGUGAUCAAUGUGGCAAGGGUUUUGGUCGAUCUGGAGAACUAACAGUGCACCAGAGAACACACACAGGAGAGAAACCUUAUAUCUGUGGUCAAUGUGGGAAGAGUUUUACUACAUCUGGCCAUCUGUCUUUACACCAGAGAACACACACAGGAGAGAAACCUUAUAGCUGUGUUCAAUGUGGGAAGAGUUUUAGUCAAUCUGGACAGCUGACUCAACACCAGAGAAUACAUACAGGAGAGAAACCUUAUAGCUGUGAUCAAUGUGGGAUGAGUUUUACUACAUCUGGUUCUCUGUCUCUACAUAAGAGAACGCACACAGGAGAGAAACCUUAUAGCUGUGAUCAGUGUGACAAGAGAUACUCUGAUAAAAGAUCUCUGAUCAAACAUCAGACAAUACAUACAUGAAGGAGUUAUUUCGUGAUAUCAAUGAAUUAAUGUCACAAUGUAGAAUGUUUUAACAUUGUAGUAGGAGUAUUUUAAGGAAUUUCACAAUGUUGAACCCUAAACCUUUGCCCCAUUCAAUUGAUUUCAGCGUGAUAUGGAUAUUAUACUUGGGAAAAAUACAGGCUCUGAAUUGAAAGAGUACUAUUUAUGUGAUUUAACAAAAAGUGACUAACACAAAAGAGUUGUGUUACACUUACCACAUUGGUGACCCACUUGAAUCAAAAUGCAGCACUUCAGAAUGUAGCGAUCUGUUUUCUACAAAUUGUCCUCUCACCAGUGAUGUACACAUUAUUCCCAGAUUCCUUGUGUUUUUUGAGCUGUUAGUUUUAACAGGACGUGCAACCUCAUCUCCCUCCUCUCGCACAAUUGAUUUCAACAUAUCGAUGAGUGAUGACAAAUAAGUGUUGCGUUCCUUUGUUUAGUGACCCCUAAAUUUAAAUGCAUCACUCCAAAAUGUAGCUGACUGUCUUCUGCAGGUUGUCCUCUAACCAGUGAGGUAAAAGAUAUCUCCCAUUUCCAUGUGUUUUUUAGAUGUUAGUUUCAACAGCACGAACAACCUGAUCUCCCCCCUAAUCGAUAUCAGUGAUUUAUUGCUACUUGUCAAAACAACAGGGUUUUUGGUGCUUGUGUCCAUGGUGACGACAACUUGGUUUCUGAUUGUCUCAAGGUUGGGCAGUCAAAAAUAUUUGUGUUUUGUGUUUAGCCAGUGCGUUCCAUGGAUCACAAAUUAUUUUGAAUUUCCGUAUUAGAGAUGAGUUAUGUUUGGGCUCGUUCCAAGGGGAGGAGAGUCCUAGAAGCUAGUGGGGGAAAAAUACACUUUUUCUUGUUUUUAAUUGUUGAUAGCCAGUAGACACCAUGUUUAUAUUGGUGAAGAAUUGUAGUUGAUUAUAUUGUGAAAUGGAAGUUGUUUUCUGUUGGUGGUGAGCAUUCUCUUAAGGUGUUACAGUAUUUGGUUUUUCCAUUUAUGUUUUGAGGUUGGACUUUAGCGCGUAUAGCUCUUUAGCACGUAGGACGCACUGAUUGGUGUCACCUCGUUAGUCAGUAUGUGUUACACCUGUGCUGGCUUGUCCAUCUCGUUUGUGGGAAGGUGUUUCACCUGAGCUGGUCCAGGUUCUAUUUAAGAGUGUCUGGCCCAGUGCGCCAGUUGUCUUGAUAGAUGUGGAGAGUCAACACCUUUAGUUGCUCCACCUUUUUGGUUUGCUUCCUGUCUUAAAGUUUGUUGUGGGUUUUUCUUUUGUUUGCCUCUUCUUGGGCAGAUUUAGUGGGUGUCAUAGUGGGUGUCUUUUAGGUCCCAGUUGUUACCAGUCAAUUUUCAAUCGAUGCCCCCGUAGUGUCUUUCAGAACCCCUCCUAAAAAACAAGUUAUGUUUUGGGUUGGAUGUAGCAUCAUAUUGUUAAUAUUUGAAUCAAUGGCAUUUCCUUUGCAAUGCUCAUUAGUCUUUCAGUUGUUUGUUUUUUUAUCCUCAAUAUUUCUGUUUAUUUUCAUUGUUUUUUCCUGUGAAGCCAUUGUGUUGCAUCCAUGUCUGAAAUGUGCUGCAUAAAUAAAGCUUGAUUUGACUUA